AUGAACAACAUGCAGCAACAGCCUCCGAUGCAGGCGCAGCCGCAAGUCCAGGCUCAACCCCAGGUCCAGCCUCACCAGCAGCAGUAUACGCCCCAUGCCUCCACCAGCACGCCGCCUCCCAUGAUCGUGACGCCGGCCUGGAUGGCCGCAAUCCGCGGCGUCCAGUUCUUCCUCGCCAUCGUCAUCCUCGGCCUCUCGGCCGCAAUCAUCCACUGGGUCUACAUGGACGAGCUCGGCCUCGCCGUCGCAAUUUCCCUCUUCACCUGGAUCAUCGUCCUCUACGCCGUCCUGACCGAGAAGGUCCCCUCCGCCCGCAGCCUCUACCACACCUACGCCGUCCUCGCCCUCGACCUCUUCCUCGUCAUCCUCUGGCUCGCGACCAUGGGCGCCAGCGCCGCCCGCCGCGCCACCUUUGUCGUGCCCGUCACGGCAUCGUGCUCCUCGGACGGCUCGGCCGUCAACUCGGGCCGCUGCACCAUCUUCAAGCGCUACAUCGUCAUGAGCCAGGGCGCCCUCGCCAUGCUCGCCGCCGUCGCCGGCCUUUCGGCCCUGCAGUUCAUCUUGUUCCUCGUCACCUUCAUCUGGACCCUCGUCCAGUUCGUCCGGUGGCGCAAGCUCAACGCCCCCGCCGCCAACGCCAACGCCAGCCAGGGGGAGAUCCAGAUGGAGCCCAAGCAGCCCUUCGUCACGCAGCAGACGGCGUACCAGCAGCAGCCGCAACAACAACAACAACAACAACAACAACAGCAGCAGCAGCAGUUCUAUCCUCAGCAGCACCCCCAACAGACGACCUCGCCUGCCCCUACCUACGUCCAGCAGCAGCCCCCCCAGCAAUAUCAAGAGAUGCCCGGCCAGCAGCAGCAGUACCCCCAGCAGACAACAUCACCGGCCCCGACUUACGUCCAGCAGCAGCCGCAGGAGUACCAGCAGUACCAGCAACAGCAGUACCCAGGCCAGCCCUACGCCCCCUCGCCGAGCAGCUCGCCGGCGCCGGUUCAGGGGCAGACGCAUGGUUACCCCCCGCAAGAGCUCCGGUGA